AACACCACCAGUGCCCGCUCAUGCCACUUACUCAUAGCAAUACGGAGUAGUCGAUCGCUUUUAACGAUAUGAUCAUCGUUGGCUGCGUCAACUCUAUCCAGUCCGGGCUGCCGCAGCCCUUCGUGCCGUCACACUUGAAGCGGCUUGAGAAGCAGCUUAAUCUCCAUCGGGAAAGCCAAAAUGGAUGCGCAAGUGCGAGGAAGCUUGAGCCCGGCAUUAAUCCGUCCUGUUAUUUGUCCUGGGCCCCGACGGCUCGGCUACGUGGAGUCGAUAUCUUCUGUCCCCACUGGCCAGGACGGCCUUGACCCGGAGAUGCUUGCUUUGACGAUUCCGUCAGAAUUUGUGCCACCGUGGUCAAAAUCCUGGGGUCGGAGAGGGGGGGUGGUUGCUUGCUUAGUUUCGAUCCGCGCGAAGUGCACUUACACAGCUGUACCAGCGCAAUGUCAUACCACAUGGUUUGAUGACGACGGACCAACCAGCUGCGACGCUCCUCGUAUCGUAGUCUUCAUGCUGGCUGCUGUCCCAGGUCCCCAAAUGGAAGAGACCGACUGGUUGAAAUAAAAGGCGCACCCAUUGACCCUUCCGACCCCUAUGCACCCAGCCCAUACUGUACUGUACCUGUCGGGACUUCCUAGUUCAUAGGCAGCUCAUCAGCUUUUCUCGGUUCACUGAGGCCCGAUUCGAUCAUUCCACCGCUACAACA